AUGGAUCACGAAGUGAAGACACAAUAUGUCCAUCACGAAGGUUCAAGGCAUACCCGUCCACCGAUACUGCAGAGGUUGCGUUAUGUCGUUAUCCUGACCUUGCUGCGUCUCAUUUUCAUUCCUGUAAAUUGGUUCCAGCACAUCUCCCGCCGAAAUAAAUUCCAGCCCAGCUAUAUCAGGAGGUACAAGUGCCGCCCGGCACUUCCAAUCCGUGUUUUCGUUCCCGAAUCUUCUGCGCCGAAUGCCCCCCAGCGUUUCCCGGUACUCUUUACUAUCCACGGCGGCGGUUUCGUUACCGGGAAUCCCAAGGUCGACGAUGAGCCCAACCACACUAUGGCCUCAGAACAUUGCAUGGCGGUUGUCGCUCUCAACUACACCAAAUACCCCUUCGCCAGACAUCCCAGCGGUGUAGAGGAUGUCGAGGCGCUUCUUCUCGCAGCUCUUAAUGACGAUACGCUGCCGCUGGAUCGCACCAGCGUGGCAGUGUCUGGUUACUCAACCGGCGGCCAACUGGCCCUUGGCCUCUGCCAACGCCCAAAGAUGCGUGCUCUUCCCAUUACUGCUGUUAUCGUGCAGCACGGUAGCAUCGAUUUCACAUCCCGCUCGCCCACCAUGGAUUUAACACGACCAUAUAAGCCCAUGCUCGGAGGGAUGCGUGGCAAAGACACUGAUAUGGGCUAUGAGCUUAAUCCAGCAUUCAAGUGGUUUUAUGCACCGUAUGGCAUUGACCUCCGAGAUCCCCUACUUAGCCCGGCCUUUGCGCCACGCAAGUCCUUGCCUCCUCACGUCUUCUUUCUCCAGGCCGAGCUUGAUCACCUCACCGGCGAGACGUUGCGCACGGCAUGUCGCCUGGCUGGACGUCCCGUGCCUGAUGACGUGCUAGCUGGGCGAGGGCCGCCAAGUAUCACAGCGGAAGCCUGGACUCAGGCGGAUCGUGAGCGUUUCGCUUGGGAGGACGAGGCGAGCGGCGUGCGUUUGCUCCUAGUGCCUGACGCGCUACACUGCUUCGAUAGCCCUUCUACUAUGCAACUUUUUGAUGCUGACACAAUCCAGGAUGCCGCAGCCAAGAGCAAAGUAACGAAUGCGGAAAUAGGUCAAUGGCUCUGGAGGGUCUGGGUCACUAGGAAGCAAAACUAG